CUCCAGAUUAUUUUGCAUUAGAUCCUUCUCCAUCCUCUUCUAUUUACAGCCCUACCUAGGUAUGGCAGCCCCUUUCUUCCUCGACAGCUCCACCACUCUUCUGAUAAAAUCAAACUGGUGUCCUCGGCAAACAACCUUCUGCUUUCUGGACCAAGUGGAAAUCCAUUUUGCUCACACCUGGGCAGUCGUUCAAUGCCAAAUGCUAGUUCAUGGCCAAAGGUCGAUUCCACAUGUUUCCAAGUCCCAUUUUCUUAUAGCUCUCAUUAUUGUUUCUCGUUGCGUAUUGCGUCUUAUUGCUGCCCUCCAAUGAUUUUCCUCACGCCCGAUAUUGGGUGACUUUGUCCGGUCACGUGAGUAGUAUCGUCGACCAUGCAUACCUAGGUAGAUACCUAGUAGGUAUUUGCAAAUCAUUCCUGGUUUAUUUCGAGGGUAACUCGUGCGGUUUGCAACGGACUUUCCGUUUGUCAAGACUCGAUAUCAUUAAAACUGUUACUUUGGUCGUGAGUUUAGACUGCAGUUCGAAUUGUGGGUUGUGCCGCAUCGGGCAGUUGAAAGAAGAAGACAAUGCAUUCAGCGAAGAAGUUGGAAUGCGGAAUGUCCUGCUGGUUUCAGACAGUGAAAUUAAGAGCUGCUUACGAUGGUAUUAGAGGUAGUCCCGAGGUCAUUUCUCUUGUUCUUUUGCUGUUCCUUCAUUUACACCUAUGAAUCCAUCUUCUGGCGACAACUUUCCGAUAACUCCCUUGUUUCUCAACCCCUGCCGUUCACGCCUUAGAUACACAACAUGGGCCAACCCGAAGAAAUUCCUCUAAAUUAUCUUGUAGAUAAUCCUCUUGUCGUGAUAUACAAUGGGGAACCGACUUGGCAAUCUGGAUUUCUGAAGGUCGGCCAUCACCUGAUCAACGUUGCUUUGGGCCUCGCAUGGCUCAUACUUCGCCUUCUUUUGAUGUUCAUUAUAUGGAUGUGGAAUAAUGCGACAUUUUACUUCCCCAAAGCACAACUCCCAGAGGCCGAACAAUGGCCUGCUGCCUUUGUAAGGGGUCUUCAGAAGCUGAAGGGUUUGCCAAUUUUGGGGAACCCUCGACUAGUUAUUCCACUGCUAGUCGUUCUUGCUGUUCUCUAUGUCCUUGUUAGUCUGAACAUAAUAUUCUGCUGGCGAGUUAUCGCCAUUUUGCGAAACGGCAGACCGACAACCAUCACGAGCCCACUCUCGGAUACGCCACAAUUUGGAGUUGGUAACGAGCGUAUAUUUGCCGGAUUCCAACGAGUAACGUGGUACCAUCGAACUAUUGACAGGCUUGUCGAGGUCCUCGUCCUCGUCGACAACAAAAAUCACAAGAUCGUUGCCUCCGUCACAUCUCAGGGAUUGAAGGUCUUCAUAGUCAUUACCUUGGGCUUGGUGCUGGCGUAUCGUGCGUACCGCUGGAUGGGUGACCCUAUGACAAUCCUUGUCGAGCCAAACUCCCUGGAAUGGGGAAGCUUUACGGGUGCAAUUCGACUUAAUCUGUAUCGCGCAGGGAGUUUGGACUUUUUUAUGAAUGCUGUUUUCAUCACCUUCGCUGUUGAUGAAUAUGGAUUCAAGCCUGUUUCAACUGCCCUGGGCGUUCUUCUAACAGCGCUUGUUACCCAUCUUGCACAAGCAAUGUCAUUGAUGAAUCGUAAUUCGGAAGAAUGGCAUAGAGCGGCAAAUGCCAAGCCUCAAUGGGCCAUUCGGGAACACGAGAGUCUCCUGAGAAUUAUAUCCGGACUGUUGACUGUAUUCCCAUUUAUGUAUGUAUUGUCUCGCCAAGCCAAAAGGGCUCACCGAAAGUGGCUCAUGGUACCCCAAGGAGUGAUGAACAGGACACUCCUUGCUAUCAUCAUGGUCAUUCCGAACCUCAUCAUAGCUGCUUCAAAUCGAUUACUGUAUCACUUGGGAUAUCGUUUAUCUCCCAUGAAUAGCCCGUUGAUGUUGUCGAGACGGAACAGUUCGAUUGACUUCAUCUCACCCAACACUACACCUCCGCGUACGCCGAUAACGCCAACUAUACAACCGCCUAGCUAUGAGACUUUCGCCGAUGAAGAACAUGUUUCCCGCACCCCGGUGGUACCAGACAGGAAAUCGUACAGAUAUGGUAUUUCUGCCAAUGAAGGUCAUGCUGGGCGGACACCAAUAACGUCUAUCAGACACACGGAUAUGUACCGGACUGCUGUCCCCGAAGACCCAGAUCUACCAGCCAGUUCAUCGUUGUUCGAAAUCAAUAAUGGCAGCAUCCGGGAAAUCACAAAUAUCAUUAUUGAUAUAUUUCGUACUGUCGGCUCUACUCCACGAGGUCUUCUGAUAAUGUUUUUGGGGCUCGUUGCAGGAUUGUCCCUCUUGGCGUUAGUGGCGGCGCCAACAGCAGCAACGAAGUCCGUGGCUCUUCUGCAGUCAAUACUUGGAUGGAUGCCACGAGUUGUAUUCUCGAUCCAGUCUCAUAUAUCCGGAAUAGUCAGAUGGGUCCUUCACAGGCUCUCGUCUACCUUUGCACCACACGACAAUACAGGAGAAUCCGCCACGUCUGGUCCGUCUUCAGUACACUUCAGACCGUCUGCCCUUCUUUCGCCCUCAGAUAAUUCUACAUCGUCAGCUAUUACCAGACAAAGACUCCGGGCUGGACUGUCAUCUUACAUGAAGUCAAAGAUUGUCUCAUUUCUACGCAGUCUUGUCAGUUGGAUACCUGAAAGCCUUGGAUAUGCCUCCACAAUUUAUAGCGACCUUUUGAAUGCUGUGGUUACCUAUCUCGAGAGUGUGAUGGGUAUACACACGAUGAACUCUAUGCUCCUAGCCAUUAUUGGCACUUGCACCUGGGCUGUUAGUAAUUUCGUCAAUAGCCUGAGAAUAUCUUCCUGGCCUGGCGCGACUUAUCUUGCUUUUCUCUCUGUUCCUGUCAACAUUCUCGUGCACCAAUGGACGUCAUAUCUGGUGCGAUAUAAAUUCCUUGGUAUUAAUGUCGAGGAUAAUAUUUAUCUCAAAUGGUUUGGGAUAAUAUUAGUGCUCAGGUUAUCGAAAUAUCUCGCAAAAUAUAGAAGGACGGAUAGUUUCAGUCAGCUAGAUACUGGUACGCGACCGGCUGCAUACAAGACGAGUGAUGUUACGGUGGUCAUACCCACGAAGGGAGAUUAUGUCGUGAAUGACACGGUGGACACCGGAGACAGUGAUCAAUUCCUGCAUGCGCUUGGCACCCUUCUGGAAAACAACCCCGCAGAAGUAAUUCUUGCUACUAGCGGACUGGAAGCACACAAGAAGCUGAACAUUGUCGCCGCUCACUGCGGUACUCAUCGUGUGAAGGUAACUUCGAUCUACGAACCAGAGCGCAAUCUCCGCCAUCAAUUCCUCAACGCUAUCAAUGGAGUGACUACGGACAUAAUAUGCUACGCCCACUCGAACGUGCGAUGGAACACGAACUUUUUGAAAGAAGCACUCAAGCCGUUCAACAAUCCAGAGGUUGGUCUCGUCGGUGUACCUUUUACCAUGGCUCGAAUGUGCAAUAAUCACACGUACUUCAAUGCAAAGGACUACCGCAUUUCCUACUUGGGGCUGAAGCCGGAAAUAUCCAUAUAUCCCGGCUUCCCAAUGUACUACGUGACGCAAAAGCUCCUACGCUUCAAAGACUGGUUACUGAUUACAAUCGAAAAUAUCCUUUUCUUCGCCAUCAACCUUUUCCUCAUCGACCACACAUUUUGCGACCACGGCUUCAUUUACAACUUAAUGAACUUCCGCGAAUGCAUCUACUACGGACAAUACAACCUCGCCAGCGCCAUCACUAACAGUAUUGAUGACGGCCUCGAAGUUGCCUCUGCCAAAACCGCUCUUGUCCGCACCAGCAUCCUUCAGUCCCCGGAUUUCCGCUUCACCUUCCCCCAUGAGAAAGUUAUCGGCCUUCUCCCAGUAUAUGGAGGCAUGCGCACGGGCGCCGCCCACUUCAUCACGCGUAAAGUCCGCGAAAUGGGCUACAAGACAGCUUUCCAACCGACCACACACGUACAAUGCAUUUUCCCUGUUAAGAACGGCGGCUUGAUCUCGUAUGCGAACCUGGUUCGGGAUAGAUAUAGCGCUGCAUAUCGCAGCAACUUUGCUUCUCUCAAGACCGGAAUGUGGCUCAAGAGUCCCUGGACUGCUUUCACCCUCCUCCUAUCACUCUUCCACAUCCCAAUGGUCUCCGACCUGGGCCUGGCCUUUCUCCUGUGGCUUGCGAAAGUCGACAAAGGUCUCAUAUACCUGUAUGGCUUGGUUGUUUUGGCGUACAGAUAUCGUGCGCGAGCUUCGCGUUGGCAGAGAUAUCCCAGAGAUCGGGCUUGGAUUGUUGCGGAGCCGGUGUUCUGGUUUUUCGAGUCUGUUAUUCAGAUCGUGGCAUUGGGGCUGGCCUUAUUCCCUGAAACUGAGCCGGAAGAGCCGGAGGAUUUUCAGGUUAAUCCUGGGUUCAAGGGGAACUGGGUUGAACAUCGGAAAAUGUUGCGAUAAGUUCGGAUCGGGUGUGCGUCAUUGACCAAUGAUGCAUGUGAAGCUGACAUGGGGUAAAACAUUGAUGGCGUUGGCAUUGUAAAGUUGUGCAGAGACUUGGGUUUACAAAAGGUAAAAUAAUAGCUUGCAUGUACUUAAGGGAAAUGAG